AUGACAAUCCUUUCACCUUAUCGUGCUAUAAGAAGUGAAACUACAGGACAUAUGAUUAGAAAUGUGCAAAUAGCCCCCUUUGUCUCUAAUUAGGCAUAGAGAAUAUUACAGAAAAAAUACUGGAAAUAUAAUUAAAUGACAUAGUUUUUAAUCACAGCGAGGCUUGCGCAGAGUCCAAAAAACUGGAGCAGUGAUUGAAGAUGAGGUUUAGGGGAAUGUGAAGUAUGAGGGGACGAGGCUGCACAAGAAAGGAGAAUGGCUGUUGAACUCUGCAUUCCCUCUUCCCUCACUAAGAUGGCGCCUAUUGCUGACCUGCCCCCUCCCUCCCUUCUCCUUUGUACACCCCACCAUUCCAUCUCUCCCUCUCUCCUUCCUUCCAGCGCCGGGCCAUAAAUCCGUUGUUGUUUAUGAAAAUUUACAACACGGCAAUCCGGCUUUACGACGCACCUCGGCCUCCUAUUGGCCGCAGCUCGUCACGUGGCCAGGAGCAGUGAACGUGAACUUUUUAUAUAUAAUUUCCAAUCGCGGAAUACAGGAGCCUUUCAUUUAACGGGCUCCAGCUCCCACUCGGAUGGUUUCACCGGCGCCUUGCUUCUUACAUCUUUUUGUUUUGGAGGAGAUUGCGCCACAGGAGCGUUCUUUGACUGGAUGCUUUGCACGUUUUGGCAAGAUGUGUGCAACGAGGACCAUCCCCACCCCCCGGGAUCUCCUGUUUCCAUCCGGACACCUGGGACUCUCCACACAAGGGGACUUGUUGACACGGACAGUGUGUCCCACUGAGGAGCUGCAGUGUCCUGAAGGACAUUAUUGUCUCUCCUCCAAUAUGGACAACAGGCAACGAGAACAAGUGAUGGCUGAUGGCGAGCAACAAGUCAAUGCCAGUUACAACGGAGGAGUGCCCAAAAGGUCCCGCACUGCCUACACCCGCCAGCAGGCUCUGGAGCUGGAGAAGGAGUUCCACUUCAACCGCUACCUGACCAGGCGCAGGCGGGUGGAGAUCGCUCACACCAUGUGUCUGUCGGAGCGUCAGGUGAAGAUCUGGUUCCAGAACCGCAGGAUGAAGUGGAAGAAGGAGCACAAGCUCCCCAACACCAAGAUCCGAUCCAAUUCGGCCUCUACAUCUUCUGUGGCCCAACAGCAGCAGCAACAGCAGAUCAAAACAGGCCAGCAGCUCGUCCCCACACCGUGCACUGUGGGUCUAUAGUGCACCCUUUAUUUAAAAAAAGAAAUCCAGACUGCGAUGGCAAAGAACACAAGUGGAUUCAAACGGACCGAGUCAAUAUUUUGCUGUUAUUUGCCGCUGGGCCCCCAGUGUCGCGCCCUUUGUCCCCUUCCACUUUCCGUCUCUCUCGCCUUCAGCUUGAAAUACAUUUUUAAUUCCCACGGUGGCGACUGAAGUGUUCAUAUAUUUCUUUUUUUAUUAUUAUUAUGACGAAUGAAGGAUUACGCACAUUGAAAGGGAUCAAAAAAGGUAGCAUUGCAUUAGAAAAAGUACGGCUGAUUUCUUUAUUUUUUCAUUAUUUUUUUAUUGUUUUCCACGAAGAAUUCUAAUAUACUUGAAAGUUAUGAUUUUUAAAAAGCAGAUUUUUUUGUAGGAGUUCCAGUAUAGUCACAGCGUGUGUGUGUGUGUGUGUGCGCGCGCGAGUGGGUUGGUUUACUGUUGAAUGUAGUCCAGGUGACAUGCCCCACAUUGUAAUGUACAUAUAUAGACAAAUCAUAAAUGAAGGCACAAUGAGGAAAGCAUUUAGCAGAGACUUUGUUGCUAGUUGUGUGUCGUGAGGUCUUUAUAGUUUGAUUCGUGCUCGUACGUCCCUUGUUGCUGUGUUGUCUUCUAAAAACUGUGAAUAAUACAUCCGUGUUUGUGUCGUCUCACUAGUGACCCCUGUGCUGUGUAGACUAUAGUGUCGACUGAAUAUGUCCUUGUGAAAUAAACGUGUACUUCACUUCUAAGGCUGAUAUGACUUUGAAUAUUCAGCGCAACUCGUAGCCAGAAAAGCCGUGCGUAAAAGUCAACCGAGGUUCUUUCUCUUUUGUAAAAAACAAUUGUAUUAAACUGUCGACGCGUGUAUAUUUAUUUAUUUUAUGAGUAGAUAAUUUUUAAAACACAAACAAACAAAUAGGAUACUCACUGCUAUUUAUUAUUAGUGUUUAUUUUGAGGAAAUUCAUUUGAUUUGAUUGAUUGAGUUAAUGCGUAAAACUAUAGAAAAUAAAAUAAGCAUUUUUUCCAUAUAUUUUCCCCAAACAUUCCUUCCUAUCAACUAACAUUCAACCUAUAUAUAUAUUACUAUGUGUAUCAUAUUUAAAUAUGUCAUCUGGCAGGCAUGUUAUGGUCCACAGCCUUGUUAGAGGCUUGACUUGUGACACCCUCAGACCCAAAUCCAAAUUGUCAAAUCCAUCCCUGCCCAAGAUUGUUUUCCCUCGCCAUUAGAAGGCGACCUGAGCCAGCCUCAGUGCACCAGAGUGUGAGUGUUGGUCACUACCUGCUACAUCCAAACAAUGAUGGGUUCAACCAGGGGACACGGGCGCCUCGGACCAAUCAGCAGUCCACGGCCCUUCUAGCGACCCCUGACCUCUCGACACAUACAAUGUUCAGACCAUACAUCAGUGCUGAGACCCCCGAGAGUCUUUUCUUCUGCUUGCAUAUUGAUCCCGAGACUGCAAAACGGGGUAAAAAGGGUGUUUUAAGGUGUGAGCACCAGCAGUGAGUCCGUCC